AGGGUCUCGCUCAGUAUAAAAGCCUAGCAAUGACUUAGAAGAACUUUAGUCACAGUGCAGGCAGGCUACAUCUACAGACAAAAGACCACACAGGAUUGAGCUUUACAAAGAACCCAAGCCUGUCCAAUGCCAAAUAGAAGCCCUCUGCCUAGCUAAAAGGAUAUUUACUGAGCUCUACAAGUCAACUUUCCUCAACAGAACUUUUAUCUUAAGACGCAAGGAAACCAAAAAUUUUCUUCGAUCACCAGAUCUGAUAUUUAUCUCCAUCAACCAGUGUGCCCUCUCCUUGGCUUGACAUUUGCCCUGCCCGGUGCUGCUUGUACCAAACCCAUCUUCUUCUACCUCACCCUACCUGGUCCUGGUGGGUAAAUACCCCCGUGGGCUUCAUUGAUCUCCAUUUCUCCAGGAACUGAGACUUUUAUUCCAUUGCUGGAAUCAUCCCGGAUUUAGUCACUAAGGGGUAUAAGAUGACAGCAAGCUUGGUUCUAGUUUUGGUCCUGAUGGGAAUGCUCUGCGUACCAGAGGUCCACCCAGCUGGUAUGUUUGAGCUGAAGGUCCACUCAUUCAAUAGCCCCCGUGGGGUAUGUGUGGCUGGUCGCUCUUGCCGCAUCUUCUUCAGAGUUUGCUUGAAGCAUGCUCAGCCUGUUGUGUCCCCAGAUCCACCCUGCACAUUUGGGACCGCUCUCAGUGACCUUAUGGCCAUGGAUCCAGAGGCCAUAUCUUCAAGCACACCCAUACGGGUCCCCUUUCACUUCAAAUGGCCGGGAAUUUUCUCGCUUAUUAUUGAGUCCUGGAGUGCACUUACAGCAGACAAAUCCAUUGAAAAUCCUGAUAAUCUCAUCAGUCGAUUGGCCACUCGCCGACGCCUGUCCGUUGGGGAGGACUGGUCUCAGGACAUUCACCUGGGCCAGCAGAGCGAACUGCGCUACUCCUAUCAUGUCUCCUGCGAUGAGCAUUACUAUGGCGACAGCUGUUCUGAUUACUGCCGUCCACGAGAUGACACCUUUGGCCAUUACGUCUGUGACAAUGAGGGACGGCGCCUCUGCCUGGCUGGCUGGAAGGGCGAAUAUUGCGCUGAACCAAUCUGCCUUCCUGGAUGCAGUGAGUCUCAUGGUUUCUGUGAAGUGCCCGGAGAAUGCAAGUGCCGCAUGGGAUGGCAAGGUCGCCUUUGCGAUGAGUGUGUGCGAUAUCCAGGUUGUCUGCAUGGAUCCUGCUCUCAGCCUUUUGAGUGCACCUGUCAAGAAGGCUGGGGUGGCCUCUUCUGUAAUCAGGACCUGAACUACUGUACCAACCAUAAGCCAUGCCGAAAUGGUGCCAGCUGCACCAACACUGGACAAGGGAGCUACUCCUGCAACUGUCGGCCAGGAUUCACCGGUACCAACUGUGAGAUCGAGAGCAAUGAGUGUGCCAGCAACCCAUGCAGGAACGGAGGCAGCUGUAAUGAUUUGGAAAAUGACUACAAGUGUGUAUGUCCUCGCGGUUUCUAUGGCAAGAACUGCGAUAUUAGUGCCAUGACCUGUGCAGAUGGUCCUUGCUUUAACGGGGGCACGUGCGUAGAAAAGAGCAUCGUGGGAGGCUAUGUUUGUCGCUGCCCUGUCAACUACCACGGCUCCAACUGUGAAAAGAAAAUCGAUCGUUGCACCAACAAUCCCUGUCUGAAUGGAGGCCACUGCCUGGAUGUUGGACGUAAUGCAAUAUGCAAGUGUCGGCAGGGCUUUACCGGAGCCCGGUGUGAGAUAAAUAUUGAUGAUUGUGCCAGCAAUCCGUGUGCCAAUGGUGGGACCUGCGUGGACAGUAUCAACACUUACACUUGUUCUUGCACUCUUGGUUAUGGAGGAAAAGACUGUGCUCAGCGAGUUGAUGCCUGCAGCUCCAGGCCCUGCCUUAAUGGAGCCACCUGUUACACUCACUUUAGCGGCCACGUCUGCCAAUGUCCUAUGGGAUAUAUGGGUUCCAGAUGUGAGUUCCGAGUGCAGGAGCCAACCUCAGCUUCCUACUAUGCUGAUCCCCCUUCCAACGUAGCUCUGGCUGCUUGCUUAGGUGUGAUCACUUUUUGUUUGCUAGCCUGUGGGCUGGUCCUGCUGAUGAGAAGCAUCAAAAAAGGUCUUAAAGAUCAGAAGGGGAUAGUGACCAAUGAUCUGGAGCACAAAAACAACUUGAAAGAAAAGGAGCCUUUCCUCAUCUCACCGCCUCAUUUCAAGAUGCCCAAUCAGGACUGUUUGAGGGAGAAAUCCCGAAGCAAGCAGAAGCUCCUGCCAACAUCCGAUAUGGAGGAGGACAGAGAUGGGCAACGAACAAAGACAGAUUCUAGAAACUGCAAUGCCCUGGGGAAAAACCAAGAUGCUCUCUGUCACUCUAUAUACCUGCUCCCCGGCUCCUCAGAACAGUGUGUCUUUGCAACAGAGGUCUAACCCACCUCCAAUACAAGAACCUGACCUCCGUCUGUACAGCUCAAGGAAAUACUACCUAUCUCUUCUUCACUUCCAGUAAACAUUUAUUUAUUGAAAUAUUUGGACGUGUACAUAUUUAAAUAGAUGUAUAUAUAUUUUUAUAUUUAAUAUCUGCUCUGCUGCUAAUAAUAGAACUGCAAUUAAAAAAAAAGCUAAUUUCAUGAUACCCCAAAGACAAGAUUUUUAGUUGCAGUCUCCAUCUGCUGGGCUUUGUAGGAUAAAAAAAAAAGAACACUUUUUGUUCUAUGUAACAAGACUGUAAAAGAGACCAAAAUGUCAAACGAUUCAAAAGAUGAACGCCUCAUCGUCUCCAGCUUUGGCAAUUUGCAUCAAAAUAAGACUGAUGGACCUUUGCUUUAUUUAUUCAGGAAGCGUCAAGCACGUCAAGGGUGCUGGUUUUGAUCCAAAGUGUUUUAAUUUAUAGACUGUAUAUAUGUUUAUAGUCUUCCUACCUUCGUAAACAAAAAAAGAAAAAUAUUAAAAACUGACUGAUUAAAUGUAUAUUUAUGCUACCCACAAAACGCUCUUUUGUUAUGUAGUCAUGUGCUUAGGAGGAGCUUGAUUUGCUGUAGGUUAGUAUGGAAAAAAAAAAAAACAUGUUUUUAUUACAACUUAAGACAGAAGUACUCUAAACAAAUAUAUAAAUACCCUUUUUUUCCUUUAAGUGUUUGUUACCCCAACAUUUCAUAUUCUUGAUAUGUCCCUGUUGUAUCAUGUA